CGCAGGAGGAAAGGAAGACAGACCGAACCGAGAGAGCGGCGAGAGAGAGAGAGAGAGAAGUGCGCGCCACCGACAUCGUCCAACCGCGACUGGCUUGCCCGAUCUCUCGCCUCUUCUUCCUCCUUUCACGGAUCUUCGCCGGUGCACACGUCUGAAGCCGACCGACUGGAGAGGGAGGUGACACUUUCGGAACGUGGACACGCGGCACGCACGGAUCGUCACGCUGGAUACGUGAGGAUUCAGGAGAACUCCGCUGGCUACCGUGCUCUCGUGCAGACUCGACACCUAGAGAGCUGCAGCGGGUCGAUUUUCCGCGGCAUCCCGGAAGCGACGACAACGACUGGACCGUCGCCACGGACAUCGCGGACGUCGAUAUACAACAGGCAGCGCGCCACCGACGACCAACCCCUGUCUCUCGACCCAGCGUGUACCGUCCAUCUCUCUCGCUGCGUUGGCCCCAGUGUGCGCGUCUCCGUCUGUCGGCGCGUGUACCCGCGUCCGAACGAUAAUGCUGGCGGCUGACGGUUUCGGUGAUCGACGACGACGCGGCCGGUGAACUAGUGACAGUGUGAAAUCGAUCGUCAGCAGGGAAACCGGCUAGCGGUCGGCACUAAAUAUAGCCAGGAAUAAUGGCCAGCGCGACAAUGGGUCUCCGUCGCAGAGUGGCGGUGAACAAUUCGCCGACCCCGUCCAGCCAAUCCAACGCGAGCUCGUCCAGCAAACGUUCAAGGUCCGAGAACAACAACAGCCCGUCCCACGGAAACCUCAACUCCAUGAACUCGUCACGGGACGAGCCGCCGACCAAGAAAUCCCGCGGCACGUCUACUAGCGCCACCAAGGCCACAUCUUCGUCCUCGUCCAACGCGUCCUCGCCGGAGACCAGUCCGUCGUCCAAGAGCCGUGGUGGCUCCGUGUCGAGGUCCAACGCUCAGGCCAAGUCGUCCCCGACGGUGUCCACCGACGCUGGGCCCAACAGCGUGCUGUCCAACAGCUGGCAGACCUCGUCCAACAUGUCCGACGUGUCCACCUACGCGGCCGUAGCGGGACUGGGCAUGGCCGCCGGUCAGGGCGCCGGUCUCUGCGCUGGUGGCCUCAGUAUGCCGACCCCUAUUCCCUACAUGUCCUCCUCUAUGGCCACGUUCGUCGGCAACGCGACCAAUCUCGGCAAGAGUUCGUCCGUGUCGUAUCUGGACAUUUCGAACAUGACCGGUGGCUCCCUCAGCUCCGCCGCCACGGCCGGUCUGAACGCCACCUACGUCGGUAAUGGGAACACUGGUAACGCCAUGGACUCGAAGAACGGCGUGCCCAUGCCGUUCCCGGGUAUCGCGCCGGGUGUGAACGGGGCUGGUUACGGGUUGCAAAAGGGUCAGACUGAUAGUGCCGGUUUGCCUAAGAAGUUCCAGAACGACGGCAUGUUCAACGCGUAUCAGCCGUGGGUGAUCAAGACGUACGGCGACCUGGCCAAGACCAAGACUAUCACGAUUAAGAAGUACGCGCGGAUUUUGCGGACACUGAGAGGUGAGGAAGUGAACAGUGCGGAGAACAGUAAGUUCCGGUUCUGGGUGAAGAGCAAGGGCUUCCACAUCGGCCAGCCGGAAGGAUACGACGCGAAACCCGCGGACAGGAUUAUCGGACGUCACGCGGUCACGAGUCCAGGGCUGGACCCUCCGCUCUACGUGCCCACCCAACUGCCACACAACAAGACGUUAAACGGCGCCGAGGGUACCGUUCCACCCGGAAGAGUGUACAAGAAAGUCGCGAUCGUGGAGAACUUCUUCGACAUUAUUCAUGCUGUCCAUGUUGACCUUGAGGGUCGUCCGGGGAAGCAUGCCGGUCAAAAGAGAACGUACAGGACGAUCACGGAAACGUACGCGUUCCUACCCCGAGAGGCGGUAACGCGAUUUCUUUUGGGCUGCACGGAAUGCCAACGACGCCCGCGGACCCCGAGCCCGACGAAUUUAUCCAAUCAAUCGCAGUCCACGACGACGACGCCGCUGACGACGACGACACUGACGUCGACGACGACGCCGUUGAGCCCUGCCGGCGCCGCCCUUACCACGACGUCGACGACGUCGGUGCAAAGUAGCCCUAAGCUGCGCGAGGGAAAUCAUGGCGGCGAGGGCAAGCCUCUGUACAGUUACAGGCACCAUAAGCAUCAAAGGGGGAGCGCCGUGACGACGACGACGACGACAACCACGACGACGACGCCGACGACGGAGAAAACCGAUAAAGAGAAGGAAGAGAAGUACAAUCCCCUGAGUAUCACGAAUUUGCUGAAGAAGGAGCCCGUGACCGGCGGCUUUUUGCCGAGCGCAGACAGUCUGCCGGACUCGAGGAGGACCCCAGAGUCGGACCGGGCUAGCUCGAAAAGCUCGGCCUCGUCCAAGAGGAAAAGGAUGUUGCCAGAGGGCCGAACACCGUCCCCUCAGCCCAGCCAGCCGUUGCCAAGGCCUUGGAGCCCUGGACUCGAUCCCAAGAACACGCCCAUCGACUACAGUCUUCCCAUCACUACCUCGUACCUGAAGCAUCAGCAGAGGCUACUGCAGCAGGCGGAGAAGAACAAGGCCGCCGCGAUGAAGGAGACCGAGAUGGAGCAGAAAGUGACCGUUUUACCAACAGAGGAGAUCGACAACGUAGAGAGGGACAGAUACUCGCCGGCCACGGGAUUGAUCGACACCAAUCUCAAUCUAUUGGCCACCAUUCAGCACCUGCACUGCCAAGUGAUGCUGGCCCUGACGGAAAGGCUCAGACCGUCUAUGACGAUGCCGAGCCCGCUCGUUCUACCCUCCGCGACCAACAUGCUGUCGAAUGGACUGAUGCUGGGCUCCGAGGUGUCUGUGCAGACCGGGGAGAAUCACACGUGAAAGAAAAGAGACGAUUCGAGAACGACGUAGGAGGAUCGGGACCCUGGACUAUUUCACUGACUCUGUCUCGGUCGCAAGCCUCUGUCGCGAACACGCGGUUUCGAUCCACUGGCUAUCCGUGCAACCAGGUUGCGAGCACGAGACGGAUGUAAUUCUGAUCAGACGUUGAUCGUACCGAGUAUAGUUUUCUAUUAUCUUCCGUUGGGUAGCCCGAGAGUUGGCUCCUCGCGACAGGGGUGCAAGUUGAGACGAGCUGACUUUAAUCUCGUCGCUAUUGUACACCGAAUUGGAUUACUCGAGACGCUAUUUCGAUCUCAGACAUCGCCAAACCAGCCAAGUACCAAAAAUCAUGAAUCUUUCUUUCGCAAGAUUCUGCGAGCAAGAACACAGCAUCCUGUUGGAGACUUUGUUUUAUUCCCGGUUUAUUUAAUCCAAUUCGGUGCUCAGACUUCCGUGGAACCUCUAAUGUAUUCGGUAUACCUCAUCGGGAGAUAAUCAGACGUAGCAUCCAGCGAGCCCGUAGCCCAGCGCUCACGUUCUUCCAGGAGAACGUUAACGCGGCCAAUAUCCGAUCCGAGCUGCCAUUCAAACUAUCGGCUAACGCGAUCAUCUAUUAAACCGGAUAAGAUCAAUUACUUGGUCGGCGCCGUGGCGUCAACGUCAGUUAAAGUCGGGCCGCGGCUGGAUCGGAUCUCGUUCCGUCAGCUCGAUAUAGACGACGGAACGAGACGAAUUAUUCGGGAGUCUGUCAAAAUAUGGGUCGACUCUGUCGCGCGUCGUCGAUUUAUGGAGGAACGACCGGGCGUCAGGGUUCCUUCCUACCUUCGCCAGGACCUGCUCGAUAUUUCCAGACCCGACUGGAACGCGGAUUCGCUCGCUGGAGAGACAGAGAGGUCCCGCGAAAUGGACGGCGGUUUCGACAGCAGCCAGAAGGACAGCUCCUGAAUAUUUAACCGCGAAACAAGAUCGAUGACGCGGCCCGGACUCCUUCACCCGCCACGCUUUUCGACGUCGUUUCACAGACGCGUCGAGCAACUCGGGAUGGACACGCGAUAAUUCCACGGGGGCUACCGUCCACGGACCACGCGUGACAAGAUGGCGCUGAUCGUUGACUCCUUCGCCGUUUGGUGUCGCGAGAAGUCACUCAGCCUUUUGCGACGUGCACACCUGUAUAGUGUACGUGUCGUUCA